CAUGUAAAUGUUUACGAACAAAUGUUCAACCAGUACAUCGGAGACGUUGAUGUUGUGUCACAACAUGGGUCGGCUCACAUCGGAACAAAAGCAAUUUUACAAAGAUAAUGGAUACAUAGUUCUGAAAGCAGUGCUUCCUGAGGACGAACUGAAUGCCAUCAGCGAGGAGUAUGACAAGUUGUUCGCGAGGAAGAAUCAGGACAAGAUGGAGAGCUCCUGGGUGGGCAGCGACGCGGACGACAGGAGGAGCAAUGCAACGCAAACGGUGAAAGGCAUCCACAACCUGCAGUACCACCACGCGGUGUUCAACACGUUCCUGUUCAACAAGGAGCUGCUGGAUGCGCUGGAGGACAUCAUGGAGACCAGCGACAUCGUACUGCAUCACACCAAGGCCCACUUCAAACCUCCCGAAAAGGGCGCUGCGUAUCCUAUGCAUCAGGUAAGUUCCUUCUUCAAAUUUUUGAAGACUAUGGUGGCUGCCUUCCUGCACCUGGACGCCGCGGGGCCCGACAAUGGGGGGCUGUGCGUGUACCCCGGCUCGCACAGACUGGGCCCUCAGGAAGACGUCGGCGCCAGCGAGUCCAACUUCCACUAUGUAGAUCAAACAAAGUUCCCGUUAGAAAGAGCGACGCCGGUGGUGUGCGAGCGCGGCGACGUGGUGGUGUUCUCGUACCUGCUGGUGCACGGCAGCCCCAGCAACAGGAGCCCGCGGCCGCGCCGCAUGCUGCUGCUGCAGGCCGCCGCCGCGGGGGACGCGCCGCUCGCCCGCCAGCCCGCGCGCCCCGGCCAGGGCUGGCUGCUGCGCGGGACGAACCUCAACAGAGACGCCAGCAUAUCUAAUAGAUUUGAAAAUAACUAAAGGGAAGACAAUUAAUAUUAAUAUUAUAAAUAUUUUUUUGCUUUAACACAACUUCGUUAUUAUAAUAGGAGAAUGGUAUGGAGGCAGUAAGGCAGUAGGCAGGCUGGCAGAAAGUCAGACAUCAUACAACUUAACGACUCCAAAAUCUAUACCCACGUUAUACAAUGGACUGCUGGCGCUGGGUGAGCAGUACAAUCAGAAUCUGUUAGUUACGCAUGUUGGGCGGCGCGGCCGACGUGACUGCUGCCCGUAUAAUGUCCUAACUAGUUUCGCACAACAACGUACGGGAAGGUACUGGCCGUGAUCAGUAUUCUAUCGGCGAAGGUGAGGCUGGCUACUUGUUGUUUUUGUUCAUUUCGUCUAAUGAGCAAUAUAAACGUGAUGAGACGGA